CAUUUCUGCACCACGCAGGAAACUUUAAGUAUCAUGACACAGUUUCAUGUGUUAAAUCAGCAGAUAGUGCCUCCUAGCACCUUAUAACAAUGCCUUUGAGCUCAAUGGUUGUAUGUGCAACAAAUAUAUAAAACACAAGGACUGCUUCAUCUGAAUGUUUCAUGGAAAUGUUUAGUGAAGGCCAGCAAACCAUCGUGUUUAGUUUGUCCUCUGUGUUAUGCCAUGGCCCUGUGUACGGUGGUUUUGUGUUUCCUUCCCUCUUGUGUUUCCUUUCUGGUUACUUGUCUGAUGUGGAAAGGGGCGUGAGUGCUGCUAACCAUCAGUCACACUGUGGAUAUUAUCAUCAUUCUGCUUUCCAAAAACCAGAGGGGUUCACAGCAGGCAGAUUCACUCCGAUGGAGAGCAUCCCGAGUAGAGACAGUGGGUCCUGGAGCUCUUGUGGGUCGCCAAUAAGUCCCAGUGCUCUGGAACCUGCCGGAAAGGACGAGCCCGCGUCUCUGGAAGAGUGCGAACCUGAGAAGCACGAGCGGGAGUUGAGAGACUCCGAGAAGGUUUCUGGCGGUCGCAGUCUGAGCGGCUCAGACGUGGAAGAGGAGAAGGAGGUGGAGGAGGAGAAGGAGGAGAAGGAGGAGUUUGCUGUGGGCAGUCGGGCUCCUGCUCUGACGGCCCGCAGAGGAGACUCACCUGUAGCAGAAAGCCCCGGCGUGGUCACGAGGCCUUACCAGCCGGCGACCUCCCUCGUUCGCAGCUCCGUCGUGGCGGACCUGUCCUCUCUGGGAGAGAGGAGCCCCGACGGGGAAUACGGAGGGCCCGCCCCCCGCGUUCCCCUGUCGGCCGACGACGCCAGGAAGCGCGCGCUUUCCUUCGACUACGCGGAGCCGCCCGCGCAGGCCGGGCGGAACUUCCUGGCCGAGUGGGAGAGAGGGUCCGACAAGACCCCCCCCGGGAGCGGGAGCCCGGGGUCUCCCCCCUCCCCCUGCGCCCCCGGCGCGGAGGAGGCGGAGGCGCGACCGGGCGCCGCCCCACAGCUAGACGUCCUGCCGGAGGAAGAGGGUCGGGACGGGAUUUUUUCACGUGGGAGCGAAGAGACCACGCCCACCGAGGAGACCGAAACGGGUCAGCCGGAGGAAGCGGGGGAAGGACGGCAGGGCGCCACCUACAUGGAGACCACCGACGAGCCGGCCCCGACGGGCGCCCACACGCCUGUGGGGGGGGCCGCGUCGGACGUUUCUGUAGACGGGGCGGGCAGCUUCGCCGGGGCCAGAGCGGCCACCGCCUCUGACGGGGGGGCCCCCUCCCCCGAGACCGCUGCUAAAUUUCAGAAAUUCCCCAAUUCCCGAAUUUCAGGUGCUUCCCCGGGCAGAAAAUCAAACGUUCCGGUCCCUCAGUUCAAAGCUAAGGCCAAGGCUGACCUUGAGAAAGAAGCCAGUGCGGAUAAGAAGCCUUCUGAUGGAAAGACCCCAAGCGCCAGGCCUCAUGCUGCUGGGACCAAAAUACCUGCCAAGGCCCCCGUUCAGACAGCUGAUUCCAGGAUGGAGCAGAAGAAACCCGGAGCUGCAAAAAACGACAAAGAUUCCCCCAACACCCCGGACCGCAGCGGGUACAGCAGCCCGAGCACGCCCAAAUCGCCCUCCAGCCGCGCCCCGGGGCAGCCGCUGGCCGUGGCCAAGGAGGUGAAGAAGGUGGCGGUGGUGCGCACCCCGCCCAAAUCCCCUGGCUCCCUGAAGAGCCGCCAGGCCGUCCCGCUGGCCCCCAUGCCGGACCUGAAGAACGUCAGGUCCAAGAUCGGCUCCACCGAGAACAUCAAGCACCAGCCCGGAGGAGGCCGGGUACAAAUACUUGAUAAGAAGAUUGACUUUAGUAGUGUCCAGCCUAGGUGUGGCUCCAAAGACAAUAUCAAGCAUGUCCCUGGCGGUGGAAAUGUACAAAUUCUUAAUAAGAAGAUCGACUUGUCUAGUGUUCAGUCUAAGUGUGGCUCCAAAGACAAUAUCAAGCACUCGCCCGGAGGUGGCAAUGUUCAAAUCGUCCAUAAAAAGAUUGAUUUGAGCAAUGUGCAAUCAAAAUGUGGCUCUAAGUCCAACAUUCACCACAGACCAGGUGGAGGAAAUGUGGAGAUCAAAUCUGAGAAGGUGGAUUUCAAGGUCCAGUCAAAGAUUGGCUCUCUUGACAACAUUGGUCAUGUUGCCGGGGGUGGGCAGAAGAGGAUUGAAACGCACAAGCUGAGUUUCCGCGAACAGGCAAAGGCCCGUACUGACCACGGAGCGGAGAUUGUCUCCGUGUCCCCAAACAUUUCCACGGAUGGCUCGCCACGGCGUCUCAGCAACGUGUCCUCUUCUGGCAGCCUCAACAUGACGGAUACGCCGCAACUCUCCACACUAGCCGACCAGGUCUCUGCCUCCCUCGUCCAGCAGGGUUUGUGAUUCCCUGUUCCCGACAGAAUUUCUUCACAGGGAACAAACACAGUCAUGAUAAAAAAAGAGAGAAAAGUCACCUUGUCUUUCCUCCUUCCUUUAAAAAAAGUCUUGCAGGAUUUUCUGACUUUGUUAGGAAAGCAGUUCGCCUUUUGCCAUCCUAUUGCUGAUCAGUUUUGGGGCAUAACGAUUAGAGCCAGAUUAAAAUUAAAUACAAAUUUUGAAAAUCACAAAUUAACAAAGAAAUGUAGUUGGAACUUUUAGGACGCAUUGUGCUUGUAAAUCUUUUACAGUGUCAUUGGUUAUAUGUAGACUACUAACAUAGCCUACCUGACAGAGUAGCGCCAUUCACAUAGUGGUUUUGAGCCUUAUUUUAUCGUUGUCGUUGUUUCGUAACCCCUCGUGAUAAUGACAUUUAAAAGGCGUUUCGUCCUGUGCAAAGUAUCUAUGAACACCAGGCACUUUUGAGAAACUUUUAACAUUCUGCAUUGUCGAAAACGAUUAAAUGCUAGUAUCCUACCUCGGUGGAAAUGAUUCGAGUCAUUUCGGUGCUCUAAAUGCCAAGUCGAAAAAACACAUAGGCCAGUCAACGUCUCAAUUGCAGAAUAAAUUUAACGUACACGUUAAACAUUAAUUUUUACUUUCAAUACUAAAUGGGUUGACAUCUAGGCUACUGGCACUAUUUCUUAAGAGCACUUGGGUUUUCCAGUUCAGCUUGAUUGUUUAAAGCGCAGUUUGUGGUAUUGUAGCUACCACCGUUUUGAGAAGAAUUAUAGAAUGGAAAAUGGUAAAUGCCAUUUCGACAGAGGUGUAACGUGUGAAAAUAUCAAAUAAGCUGGCUUACUGACUUACUGCGAAUUGGGAGGAAGGUGUGCUUAUGCACUACUUGGAACAUUUUACUAGCAAGUUUAGUUCAUGUCUCUUUUGCGUCAUAGGCUACCCCUGUUGCCGCGUAUUUCUUUACCUGCCGCAUUAAAUUACUGGAAUUCUGGGAAUGCGUUUGUCAUACAUAUUUUGCCGUCCAAGUCCUGGCUCAUGUGCAUACCUAGAAAACUUUUGUGUGGAGGGUUGGCCAAGCCAUCGUGGUUGUUCAUGCAAUGCUUGUACACCCUUGUCAUUAUUGAGCAGAUAUCACUUUUUAAACAAUUGGCACAAUGUAUAAUAUAAACAGCCAUUGGAUAGACAAAAAAUCUGGUGUUAGUUUCAGUCUUCACAUUUAAAACCAACUUUAGACCAUAUCAAUGAAUAUUUUCCAUAUUUUUUGUGUAUAAUUCCAAGACUAGCCAGGAGGUUUGUUCAUGCUACGUUCAACAGGACACAGGCGAUUGCACAUCAAUUACUGUGGUCUAAUGCUUUUGAAUUCAACUGGCAGUGGAGAGACAUAGUUCAUUGGGGGUGUUGACAGAAGGGUCAGAGUCUAGGUGUUAUAAUGUAUACUGUGCUUUUAAUCCAUGGAAACAGUGCCUGUCUAACUCGUUGGCUCUUGAUGCGUCAUUUUCUAGAAAAGCAGUGUGCGGAAACUAUCCUGAGGGAUGCACACAGCAGAAUAUGCUGUUCCAGACAAAUGGAGUUAUAUGUCCAGGGAUUCGAUAAAAAGUCCCGAAUAACAUUCAGCCUAUUCAAGCGACUUAAUCAAAUGGAAAAGGGGACAGUCUGUUAUGUUCAAUGUUAGAACAUUCGUUUUUCGCGGGCUUACCUUCAGUGACAACAUAUUUAAAAUAUUUAAUUUUUAUGAGAUUAAAAUUCUCAUUCCUCCCACAUGAGACUGCGACCUGUGGACGAAUAUGGUGAAUACACAAAAUAUCGUUUUUAGAUUUACCAUUUUGUCUUUCACAUUAAGACCUUAAUUUCAAAUUUGCGGUUUUAAAGGCAGGAGUUUCUCUUAAGAAGUCCCUUUAACUAAAUUUUCUGGUCAGCACAACUGCUGUGAGGAUGUGCAGGAUGGUAGAGACUCGCACAGUACAUGAAACCACAUCAGUGUUACAGGGUAUCUGCUACAGGCAGGGGACUUAUGAAGGAGCGCUCUCAUUUUGGAAGUAGCAAAAAAUGUGUGACGACGAUUUCUGAAAAUACAAGUGAUGCGAAGUAGUCGUCAUAGUAUAUCGAUUUCCAUUACCCAUAAUCCUACCAGUUUAAUAAUCUCCCAUUACCUUCCCUGCAUGCACAGCAAAAGACAAUGCAGCGUGUGACCAUGCCUCCCCCUUUCCCUACGCUUUAAUUGCUGUGAACACCUCAGCACACUGCUUGUAAUGGAAGGAUAUAGCUAGGAAAAAAAAAAAAAAAUACGAAACACUACACGCGUAUUACCCAGCCUGUGUUGCGCACCAUUCUCUAAUUGUGUAUUUGUGGAAGUGAGAUGUAUCUGGUAUGAAAAUGUUUUUUAAUGUGCCCGCUGGCAGUCGUAAUUCUUUUUUUAAAUUCCAGCACACAUCUGUAAAUAGUUUUUCUGCUUAGUUAGGUUUUGAGAGUGGCGAGUCUUCACAAUUUUGAUAAAAUUGACCGGCCUGCUGCAAAAUAAGAACCACCAACAGACAACAGUCUGAAAUAGAUCUCUUAAAAAAUACUAAACUGUAAAAUGUGAAAAUGAAGAAAUGUGUGUUGCAUACUUAGCUAAAAAAAAAUCCUAACACGUAAAUAAACAGUAUCAGUCAGUGAUUGCCGUUUGAUUUGAACUAAUGUGUAACUGCCAAACCUGAGUGCUGAAUGGAUUGAAACGUUUUCACAAACGCAACAUUCAGUCCAAUCCUGAGACAGGGAGCACCUAACUUGAUUGUACUCAAAUCAUUGUAGACCUAUGUUCUGCUGGACCGUCGACUGGAGACGACAUUAUUCCAUACUUGCUGCCAUCACACUUCUAACAACAUCGUUGCCCAAGGAGAUAGGACACGUUUUGAGCAGGCUCUUCUGACUCGGUGACGAAAGUGCCGGGUUCAGGUCUGAGCAAAGCAAGUGACGAUUAGUAACACAGGAACUUAGGAAACUCUUUCCAUACCAUUUCCUGGAAAAUCCGGUUCUACGGCAUUUUUUGAGCAUGUCUAAGGGGGGGAACAUUAAGAGGGAAUCUCCUCUUAUACCAAUGGCGAACUCCUACACUCUUUGGGCCAGUCUUCACUAGCUAUGCUCCUUGCAUGCACUUAGAGUUUGCAGUAUAUGUUACUCCUUGUAUUUCCCUAGUACUUUCAUUGUAUAUCCUAUUAUUGCUACUUUAUUAGGAUAUCCAUGUAGGUAGCGAUCGAAGGGAGUGAACCCAAAUAGCAACCCUUUUCUCGGUGGAAACAAGGUUUAUAGGUGGUGUAUAUAGAAUUAUCCAAAAUAUAUGUAUGUGUAUUUGUUUGGCAUCUUGUUAAAACUAUUGCCAAGGAAAUAUUUCAUCAACACAGGUAGAGAGAGGCUUAAAUCUAGACAUUUUCAGCAUGCAACAAAUUCCUCUGCAUGUAAUCUUGUUUUGCUCACCAAUAGACCUCAAUUCUGAAUUAAAGGAAUGGAAACGUGUGUUAUGUCUAUAUACUGUGCAUUACUGGAACACAUACAGUAUGACUGGAAUAAAGCAUGGUUUUCUUUAUUGCGAUUUGGUCAAGGACAGGGUAAUGUUUCAGUCUGAACACUUGCUUAAAAAAAAAAAUAAAAAAAAGAAUAAACUGGUGUGGAAAGAGUUGGUUCCGUGAGGCUUUUCAAUGUUGUACAUUAUUCUUUAGCUCCGGCCUUGAUGGGUAGGUUUGAAAAGGUGUUGCAGUUUUGAUCUUACGGCCUUUUAAAUCUUCUGUUUCUGCCAUUUUCUUUUAUUUCUUUGCAGUUCUAAACUCUAGCUUCGCAAUUGUGAUCGUCCAUAUCGUUUUUGUGCGUUUUAUUAACUGGUUUACACUGAUAUAUGUUGCUGUAAAUGUGAAUUUGGAAAUAAAGUCUGUAUUAAAUGGC